AUGGCCAAAUAUGUCAUUAAUACAAUGGCACCACUCCAGGAAGAAAAUUCACAAAAAUUUGAAUACUUAAUACCCACAGUUAAGAGUUCGCCAGAAUCUCAAUCAUCUAAUAUACCGAUUCAAAUAUAUAAAAAAGAGGGCCUACUUUCCAUUAACCAUGCAAACCUCGGACCAUUCUCACCGAGAACGCAAUCCAUGAUCGAUGAACUAGAAAAACAUGUUGAUGAGCUAGCAAAUUCUGAACUAGCAACUUCUGAUGAUCAGAUCUUCAUAUUUGAUUCGCCACAUGAAAUUAAAUCAGACGUUACGUUGGAUUCUACGUCAAUACCGUUAAUAAUUGAUAUUCAAAAAGAUAGUGAAGAUGAUAUCCAGCAAGAUUUGGGCCAAAUAGACCAGAACUCCUUGGCGAAUGAUCCCGGAAGUUAUAACAAUAAAACAUAUUACUCUAAAGAUGAAAAAUCUAAUAAAUGUAAAUGUUCGGAAAAAAUACGAUUAAGUCUUGAAGAAGUUUCAUUUAACCUUAAAAAUGUUAUGUUAGAUCAAGAAAUUAGAGUGCAGGUUGAGGAUGACCAGGCACUAAAUAGCAUAGGUUUAGAUUCACCACGUACGUUUAAGGUUCUUCCAGUGAAUUUUGAUCCAUCACCACGAAUAGAUUCUAAUGUCAAAAAAUCAAUUCGUCUUAUGGUCGGAUUAAUAACUUAUCAUACUAAACCAAGUACAUCUCUUGAAGAACAAUUGAAAAAAUCGUUCCUUUUUCCUUUCAAUUAUCAUUCGUUUGUUUUUGACACAAUGAAAUUGGUUAUUUAUGAGUACGGCUCUUUCUUGAACAAGAAAAAGAAAUAUGGGCGUGUUAUUGUUCAAUUGAGUGCUUUAAAACAGACUAUAAUCGAUCAUAAAGAAUUCGAAGGGAUUUUCCCUAUCAAAGCUAAUGGAUCUUUACUUGAAAUUGGUGCCGUCCAAAUCAACAUAAAAUUUCAUUUUCCUAAUGACCCACCCCUUACUCCCACUCCCUUUAUACAUUCACCUUUGAGUCCUAUUAGUCGUGAUUGCAGUAAACUUGACAAUGAUGACAAUGAUGACAAUAUUGAGACACAUCCUGAUGCAAUAUCUCUUGGUAUACUUGAUACGGUAUUAAGUCAAGAGACUAGAGAUGCAAUUAAAGAAAUUACGGCUCUUUAUCAUACAUUUUUUGGUCAUGGAUGGAGGUUAACAAAAUUAGAAUUUUUGAAAGCAUACAUGCUACUAGAGAAAUAUUAUAAUCAAAAAAACAACCCAGUUACAGAAAACUUGUGUUAUGAUAUUGAUUUGAUAAAAAAUACUCUGCGAUAUUUACAAUUUUCUAUGGCAUCAUAUGGAUCUUUCCUGUUUAAUUGGUUUGGAUAUGGCCCACGAAAUGCUUUUGGGAUAACUUCUGAUCAAAAGAUUAUUCGGAAAUUUUUCAAUCUUGAUAAAAGUGAUAUUAUCUGUUGGGAAUAUGGUCAGAAAGCGGUUUCAGUACCUAAUUAUAUGGUGGUUAGAGACCCAGAGACAAAUUCUAUUAUUAUAUCUAUUCGAGGAACUAUGAACAUUACAGACUUAAUUACUGACGCCCUAGCGCAUUACGAACCCUGGAAUGGUGGUUUUGUUCAUCGUGGAGCGUUCCGCAGUGCGCAGCACCUUAUAAAACAUUCCUUAAAAGAAAUUAGAGAUGCUAUAGUAAAAUAUAAUAUCAAUUCCAUAAAAAUCAUGGGGCACUCAUUAGGAGCCUCCAUUUCAUCUAUUACGACCUUGCUUUUACGAGAGCAUUGUAAAGAUAUGCUUGACCGUGGAGUUGAUAUUCAUGCAUGGAAUUUUGCAACUUUUCCAUGUUGUUCGCUUGAUGUGGCAUCGAAAACCGAUACACUGAAAUGUAUUCAUAAUUUUGUUAAUGAAAAUGAUAUUAUUCCAAGAUUGAGUUACGGAAAUUUAAUGGAUUUUAAAGAAUUGGUUAAAUUUGCUGCUAGUGAAUUAAAAAAUGAUGAAUAUAAAGAGUUGAGAUCAAAACAUAAACUCUCUAAAAUAUUCUCUUCCAUCGAUGAAUAUCGUAAAACUUUAAAAUUAAAUUCAUCUUCCCAAAAACUGUAUAUACCUGGAAAAAUAUAUUAUUUAUAUAAAAGACAUAGUCUUUCUCAUUUGGAAACAUCAUCUUCGCUAUUUCAUAAUAAGGAGGUAGUAUGUGAAGAAUCCAGACCUGAUUUAUUUACAGAUAUUUGUUUGCGCCGGAAUUGGUUGUUUCAUCAUUUUCCAGAUAGAUAUGAUAAAAGACUUAAAGGAGUUAUAAAGUUUUUGACAAAAGAAUCAGUUGAACGUACGCCAUAA